GUUCAGUAUUAGGGUCUAACUGAAUUCAAAUUCGUAUAAUAAAGUCACAUAUUUGAGGUAAAGCUUCUCUAUGAAAGGCCACUUCAUAUUCAGGAUCGAAUAUGAGAUCUCUGGUUAAGGACGAUGAAAUACUUAUAAAUUAAGAGGUUAUUUGUUCUUUCAAUAGUCCUAACUUCCUUCAAUGGAGAAUGAAAAAGAAAGACUUCAUGUAGUGAUGUUUCCAUGGCUAGCCAUGGGACAUAUCAUACCUUUUUUUCAUCUAUCCAAGUGUUUAGCUCAAAGGGGCCAUAGAGUCACCUUCAUUUCAACUCCAAGAAACAUUGAAAGAGUAGUUAAUAAAGUUCCCUCUGAUCUUGCUCCCCUGUUGCAUAUUCUGAGUUUUCCUUUGCCUAAAGUCGAAAACUUGCCGAAUGAUGCAGAAUCAUCAAUGGACAUACCUUACCAAAAAGCUCAGUUCUUGAAGAUUGCUUUCGAUUUGCUGGAAAUCCCACUAACUAAUUUUCUUGAAAGUUCAUCUAAUCCCAAACCAGAUUGGAUUGUCUAUGACUAUGCUUCUCACUGGCUACCUCAAAUUGCAGGCAAAUUAGGCGUUUCUCGCGCUUUUUUUAGUCUCUUUACUGCUGCAACUAUGUCCUUUUAUGGACCUCCUUGGGCUUUGUUAAAUGAUGAAAGGUCAAUCCCUGAGGACUAUACAGUUAUUCCAAAAUGGAUUCCUUUAGAAACGAAAGUCGUGUAUAGGCUGCACGAGAUUAAGAAGAAUUUCGAAGCACCAGCUGAUGAAUCAGGUACCUCUGAUGGAGUCCGAUUCGGUGCUUCAAUUUAUGGAAGUGAUGUUAUCUUGUUUAGAAAUUGUGUUGAGUUCGAACCCGAAUGGUUCAGCUUGGUUUCUGAGCUUUAUCAAAAACCUGUAAUAUCCAUUGGUGUUCUUCCUCCAUCUGUAGUAGAAAAUGAAAAAUUCGACAGCAAUGAUACGACGUGGUUAGGAAUCAAGAAUUGGCUAGCUAAGCAAAAUCAAGAUUCUGUUGUUUAUGUUGCACUUGGAACUGAAGCAACACUAAAUCAAGAAGAGCUGAAUGAGCUAGCUCUGGGGUUAGAAAAAUGUGGAUUACCAUUCAUUUGGGUAUUAAGAGAUCAGCCAAUACAUAAUCAAGAAGAUUCGCGCAUUCAGCUUCCUGAUGGAUAUGAAGACAGAGUCAAAAACAGAGGUGUAAUCUACAAAGGAUGGGUACCACAGACAAAGAUACUAAGCCAUUCGUCAGUUGGCGGAUUCUUGACUCAUUGUGGAUGGAAUUCGGUCAUAGAAGCGCUAUGUUUUGGGCGGGUUUUGAUUAUGUUCCCGGUGUUGAAUGAUCAAGGAUUGAAUACAAGGUUGUUGCAAGAGAAAGGAGUUGGUGUAGAGAUACCAAGAAAUGAAAAAGAUGGUUUUUUUACUAGUGAUUCAGUGGCUGAAGCUGUGAAGUUUGGUGUGGUGAGUGAAGAGGGUGAGUUGUUGAGAGCUAAUGCAAGACAAAUGAGUGGUUUGUUUGGAGAUAGGAAGAGAAAUGAAGAACUUAUUGAUGAUUGUGUUGGUUAUUUGAUGGAAAAUAGGAUAAGCAUAUCUAAAUAGAUAUGUCCACAAUAAUGAGAGUUAAAUAGAAGCGGGAAUCUUAAUUGCCCAAUUGAUUGACUAUCUAAUGUUUAUCUGGGUUCGAUUCCUUACCUUGCAAUCUCGUCUUCUGUUCCCCAAAAAAGGAGUUAAAAUGGAAGAAGUCGCAAUCGAAUUUUUAUUUUUUUUCUGUCAUAUUACACCUUGUUUGGGUGGUUGUUACCGGUUGGGUUGUAUUGUAUUGUA